AUGUCCCAGGUGGACACGCUGCUGCAGCAGCAGCUCUUGCUGCAGCAGCCGCAGCACUUGGUGUCGGUAGGAAAGGAGACAGCAGACGAAGAAACGGCAGCAGCAGCAGCAGCGGCAGCAGCAGCAGCAGCACCUGCUGCUGCUCUUGCUGCUGCGGUUUCGCCACCGUGGCUCCCGCGUUCUGCUGAAGCAGCACCACCCCCUCCAGACGGAGACCAAACCACAACUGCGAGCUGCACGCCAACUUCCUGCUGCUCCUGUGCGGCUGCAGACAGCAGCAGCAGCAGCAACAGCAGCAGCGCGAGGACCAUGACGAUCGAAGCUACUGCUGGGGCAGGGCCUCCCAGCACCCCUGAAGCAGCAGCAGCUGCUUCUGCUGAUGCACUUGCUGCUGAGGGGAACCUCUCAGCACAGCCUUCAUCAGAAGCUGAGGCUGUUGCUGGUGCUGCCGACAGCAGCAGCAGCAGCAGCAGCACGAGCAGCGCAAGCAGCACAAGCAGCAGCAGCGUGCAGGGAGACACAGACACAACGGCUGCUGCUGUUGCUGCUACGGAGACGCUGGCAGCAGCAGCAGCAGAAGGCGGCUGCACUGAUGCUGCAGCGACAACAGCAGACGCUGAAGCAGCAACAGCAACAACAACCGAAGCUCCUGCUGCAGCAGCAGCAGCGAUGCAUCCUAUUGACUUUCCAGGAGGAGACGGGGACAUCGCAGCAGCAACGAGCGCAGCAGAUGCUGCCUUUGCGGCGGCGGCAGCAGCAGCAGCAGCAGCAGAUCCUGUCACUGCAGCAGCAGGAAUUGACGCUUCUGUUUUUGGUACAGCAGCUGGGGGUGCUGUUGGGCAGCCUGGCGUUGACACAGCAGCAGCUGCAGCAGCAGCAGCAGCUGCCGCUGCUGCUGUGGGGCCGCUGGGUCCGCAGCUGUUGGGGACCGACGUGCGGCUGCUGCUGCAGCAGGAGUCCUUGAAUCUGCUGCAGCAGACACAAGCUGCUGCAGCGUCUGCUAGAGAAGCAGCAGAAUCUGCCAACGUAGCUGCAAGACACGCGGAAGCAGCAGCAAAUGCCGUAGGGGAGCUUGCUGCUGCUGUGCGCCGCUGCAGACGCACCAGCAGCAACAGCAGUAGCAGCGGCAGCAACGGCAUUGCCGCCGCCGCAGCAGCAGCAGCGAAACGCAGCAACGCCGGAAGAAGCCAAAGAGGACGUGGGGCGAAGCGCAUGCGGCGCCAGCAGCCACAAGUAAGCAGCAGCAGCAGCAGCAGCACAGGGCAUGUCAGCAUUCCAGCGGCAAUGGCUGCAUUGGAGCAGCAGCCGAACGAUGGCAGCAGCAACGAAACAGCAGAACUCCCUGCCGUUUGCUGCACCUCAGCAGCAGCGCUAGCAGCAGGGCAGCAGGUGGAGCAAAGAGCAGCAGCAUUAGCAGCGGCUGCUGUUGCUAUGCUGCCAGAGCAGCAGGGCAGCAGCAGCAACAGCAACAUUCCGCAGUGGGCCAACGAAGCAGCAGCAGAAGCUGCCGCAGCAGCAACAGCAGCAGCAGCAGCAGGAGCAGCAGUCGGCCCACUCAAACAUUUCAGCAGCAUUCCUGGGGUCUCCUUCCGAGAGGCCGGCCGCUCAUCCCAGUGGAGCGUCCGCUGGAAAGACGCAGAGACAGGCCGGGAGUUUUCUCGGGGUUUCGGGGUGGAGUCGUUUGGCUUUUUGCAGGCCAAGGCGUUGGCCGAAACACUCGGCAAACAAAUUCAACUCGCAGCGACAGCUUCUGACUCCGAACUGACGGCCCAACUCCAGCAGCAGCAGCAGCAGUGCGGGGGCCUGCUGCGCGCGGAUUCUGAGCCUGCAGCAGCAGCUGCUGCUGCAGCAACAUCUAGGCAGCAGCAGCAGCAACGGCUGCAUAGCGGAGUGAAAGGAGUUGUCUUCGAGUCAACGCGUGGCUGCUGGCGAGGCGUCGUCACAGACAAAGCCACAGGCAAACAGGUGGUACGGAGAUUCAGUGUUAGGAAAUACGGCCAUGAAGAUGCUCAGAGAAGAGCAGAGGAGUUUUGUUUGCAGCAGCAGCAACAGCAGCAGCAGCAGCAGUUGCUGCAGCUGGCUGCGCACUCCGAGGCAGCUGCAGCAGCAGCUGCUGCCGCUGCAGCAGCAAAUUCAAAUGCUGCAUUCACCGAUUAUGACCCGAAGCUGCUGCUGCUACCAGACGUAGGAGUGCAGCAGCAGAUGCUACUGCAGCUGCAGCAGCAGCAGCAGCAACAGCAGCAGCUCGUCGAUUCAGCAGCAGCAGCAGUACCAGGAUCUGCUGCAGCUGCUUCCGGAUUACCUACCCAGCCGUUGUUGCUGGGUGCGCAGCAGCUGCUGGAGACGAACAGCAGCAGCAGCAGCAGCAGCAGCAGCAGCGGGGAGCCAGUAGAAGACCCCAGCAACAGCGAGGCGUUGCUGCGGCAGCAGCAAAGGUUGCUGUUGCAGCACGAGUUGCUGUUGGCUUCCUGUGCAAGGCAGCAGCAGCAGCAGCAGCAGACUGAAGGGGGCGUACGGGACACAACUGCAGCUGCAGCUGCAGCAGCAGCUGCUGCUGCUGCGCAGCAAGAGCAGCUGCAGUGCUUCUCCCUGCCGCUGCAGGAGUCAGGCCUGCUGCUGCAGCAGCAGGCAGCCAGCGGCCGCGCGCUGCAGCUGUUGUCGUUGAAGGAGGAACCGCAGCAGCAGCAGCAGCAGCAGCAGCUCACAGAGCAGCUGCAGCAGCAGCUGUUGCAGCAGCAGUUGCUGCAGCAACAGCUACUGCAGCAGCAACUGCUGUUGCUGCAGCAGGCUGACUGCCAACAGGUCCUCAGUGCCGAAAACGAAUCACAGCAACAGCAGCAACAGCAACAGCAGCAACAGCAGCAGCAGCAAGAGCCACUGCAGCAGGAGUUGCACCAGCAGCUGCAUGAGCAACAACAGCAGCAGAGCAGCAGCAGCAAGAGCCACUGCAGCAGGAGUUGCACCAGCAGCUGCAUGAGCAACAACAGCAGCAGCAACAGCAGCAGGAAGAAGGGCAGCAACCAAGCGCUGAGGUAG